AUGCUUUCAGACUUAGGCGCAGGAAUAAGCAAUGCACUCCAAGGAUUCUUUGGGUCAAAGGAGGGAGAGAAAGAGCUCAACGACGCCAUUAAAAAAAUAACCACUUCCCUGCUGGGAUCUAACGUAAGCACGCGCGUUGUGCUAAAUGUCAGAAAAAGAAUUCUGGAGCGGUUCAAGCUGCAAGAGCUGCCCACAAAGGCGGGAAGAGAAAAAGCGCUGCAGAAGAUAGUAUUUGAAGAGCUCUGCGGGAUCAUGGACUCUGGCAAAGAGCCGUUUAAGCCCAAGAAGAAAGAGACUUCAACCGUUCUUUUUGUGGGGCUGCAGGGAAGUGGAAAGACCACAACUUGCUGUAAGUACGCAAAGUACUACAAACAGAGAGGAUUCAAGGUGGGGAUAGUCUGUGCUGACACUUUCAGAGCAGGCGCGUACGAACAGGUAAAACAGAACGUGCAGGGAAUGAACAUUGAAGUGUUUAUCUCAGACAGCUCUGUAGACCCGUCUGUAGUUGCGCAGACAGGAGCAUCAGAACUAAAAGAAAAAGGAUGCAACUUGAUUCUCGUUGACACGAGCGGAAGACACACACAGGAGGGCGAGCUAUUCAAAGAAAUGGAGGAUAUUGUGCGCUCUAUAGACCCCACAGCCUCUAUUUUUGUGGUGGAUGCAUCGAUAGGUCAGGCCGCAGAGAUUCACGCACGCAGUUUUAUGUCUCGAGUGAAGCUCGGAUCGGUGAUCAUCACAAAAACAGACGGAACAAAGAACAUAGGAGGAGCUCUAUGCAGUGUCGCAGAGACAAAGACUCCUGUGGCCUUUAUCGGCACUGGAGAGGGAAUGGGGCACAUAGAGUCUUUCAAUCCAAAGGGAUUCGUAGGGAAACUCAUGGGCCUUGGAGACAUCACAGCCUUUGCAGAGAAGUUGGAAGGGCUGAACAUUUCGGUUGAAAAACAGGAAGAGCUUAUCGGAAAGAUCAGCGCUGGGGAGUUUAGCAUGGAGGAUUUCUACGAGUACUACAAGAAGAUCCUUGAGCUUGGGCCUAUCAGCCAGCUCUUUUCUCUGGUGCCUGGGCUCAGCAGCUCCAUGUCGAUGCUCAACGAAAAAGAGUUCAAGAAAAUGGGCACUGUCUUCGCUGCAAUGACAAAAAAAGAGCUUAGAACGAAUGGAGAGGUGUUUAUUCGGUCUUUGCCUCGGCUGGUCCGUGUGGCCAAGGGAAGCGGAGUAACUCCCACGCAGGUGAGAGACACUGUAAACUCCUACAGAAUGAUGGCGCAGAUGUUCCAGCGCCUUUCUUCCAAUCCCAUGUUUGCAGGUCUUUUGGGCGGUAAGGAGGGGGCAGCAAACAAGGAAAUCACUCCAGAUGCAGCCCGCGCACAGCUCAACCAGCUCAAGAAAAUGAUGCCUCCUGGGUUCUCCUCUAUGUUUGAUCAGUUCGAUAAGUUUUUUUAG